AUGGCUGCUAUCAACCUCCCACCAUCUCUCGAGUAUGCCCGGAUACACGACCUCCCGUCGACGGCCUACUACAUCCCCGAUUUCAUCAGCGAAGACGAGGAACGCUUCAUCCUCAGCAAAAUUGCGUCCGCGCCGAAGCCCAGGUGGAAGCAGCUCACGCACCGUAGGCUCCAGACAUGGCCGUCCGACCUUGUACGCGAUACCCUACUCGACGCACCGCUGCCACCGUGGCUGCAAGAGCCGAUCAAAUCACGCCUGCGCUCUCUCCCGCUAUGGGAGGGCAAGCCUGGCCACAUCUUUGAGGGCAGCCCCCAUGGGUCUCCAAACCACGUGCUCAUAAACGAAUACCCCCCCGGCGACGGCUCCGCGUACUGGCCCGUCGUGUGCACCGUCAGUCUUGGCGCCAGUCUGUGCCUGAACCUGUAUCGCAGCAAGGACGACGGGGCCCUCGACCCGACGCCCGCGUGGAGAAUCCUCCAGGAACCUCGUAGCCUGCUCAUCACUACAGACAGCCUCUACACGGAUUAUCUCCACGGCAUCGACGACAUCGACGAGGACGUCGACCUGACCCCGGACAGUGGCGUGAUCAACUGGUCAUUGCUCCGGGAUCCCGACGUGUUCGCCGGCGGCCGUAAUUCUCGCGAAACCCGUACAAGCCUGACGUACCGAGACGUUUUGAAGGUGUCCAAAGUCGGAACCCGACUCGCCGCCCUGGGAAGGCGGUGA